AUGGCCAACAGGAGAUUGAUGUUACAAUAUCUAAAAGUAACUUUAUAUGCGACAAUGUUUGAAGGAGGAAAAAAUACAAAUACAGCAAAGACAGCUGAAAAUACAGCUUCGUCGAUCUCAGAAAAUAGAAAUAAAUUUCGAAGAAUUGAAGGUGAUGAUGCAAAGGCCGAUGUAAAGCAAGAUUCAGAGAAUCUGAAGAAAGACUCAAUGCCAGAAUUUCCAGCGAUUAAGACUUCUAGUACAAUAGUAGAUACAUUACAUAUUUCCAACGCUUUUAAUGCUCUAACAUUGUCAAAUAAUAAAUACGUAAAAACUGCACAAACACUUGAACCAGUUUCACGUGCAUGCCAAGAAGAAUGGACCGAUAAAUGGAAUAACCUUGAAUUUCCAGCUCCCAAAUCGUCAAUUUUAACACCAGUUACUUUUAGUUUAUCUAAAAAACAAUAUUCAUUUGGUGACACAAGUACGAGUCAGUUUCUUGGUUCUCCAACGUCAGAAAGUAAAGAGUCAGCGCGUGAUAACGCAGAGAGUAGAUCUACGCCUUUCUGUUGGAAAGCAACAACGACAACAACAUUAUCAAGUCCAGCAUUCCAAGUACCUACUGCAGCACAAACUUUGCAUAAAUCUGGAACAUCCAAAUCAUCAAUUUUAAAACCACCUACUUUUAAUUUAUCUAAAAAACAAUAUUCAUUUGGUGACACAAAGUCAGCGUGUGAUAACGCAGAAAGUAGAUCUACGCCUUUCUGGUGGAAAUCAACAACGACAACAACAUUAUCAAGUCCAGCAUUCCAAGUACCUAAUGCAUCACAAACUUUGCAUAAUUCUGGAACACCCGAAUCAUCGAUUUUGGUACCAACUACUUUUAGUUUAUCUAAUAAACAAUGUGAAUUUGGUGGCGCAAUUUCACGUAAAUCUUGCACUUCUCCAGUGCUAGAAAAUAAACCUGCAGCUUGCGAUUCAACACCAACAAACCAAAAAGAAACAACAUAUAAUACAACACUCGGGAUGCCAACUGUACGUGGCACAUUGUCAGUGACAUCAGUAGUAUCUGGUGAUAGUACUGUUAGAACGUCUACCGGCGAGUCAACGCCUCUUAUACGUGUACAUCAAAAAUUUAUAUUUAACGCCAUUCCUACUGAACCGGCUGUAAUGCCUGGGACUCGAUUCAAUUUUCCUACGAAUAUGAUACCUCCUGUAUCGACUCAGAUUCAAAUAUCGAUUGAUUCCACCGAUUAUACAUUUAACGGACCUAAUCCGGAACUAGCAGCAUUUCCGCAAUGUCCAACUACAAGUUCAUUUUCUACAUCGCAACCUGUUACCCAAAGUCAACAAUUGUCUACUUCAUCAUCUAUUCCUCUAGAAUGCGCGUUUAAUUUUGAUUCGUCACCAGGAGAUCAUACAGCUGAACCUGGUUCAAUCCAGUCCGAAGGAUUUAAUUUUAAUCCCAAUACUAGACCAUCGUUCCGUUUUAGUGUUUAUGAAUUUAAUGCACCUACUCAAGUACAACGAGAUACUGCGUCUACUCGAGUACAACGAAAUACUGCGUCUACUCUAGUACAACAAAAUACUGCCACCAUCAAUUACCGCCCAAUGAUCAGUCCCACUCGAUUACUCAAUCCACGAAAGAUCAGGAAAGCUUUUAGAAGAUUAAAAUAGGAGUCAAGUAACGGCAUUCUUUUUAUACAGUUGCUCAUGAAGGUAUUCAUAUUCUUGCAGAAGACACCUUUUAUGAAUAUACUAUAUGUCUUGAAAGAAACAUUUUGAAAUGUCAUUAGUAUUGUAACAAAAUCCGAUUGUCAUAGCUAUAUUGGUAAAGUUUUUAGCAAAUCUGAAAAUAUACAUAGAUAUUACAAAACACCUAACACAAGUAUGCAGAUAUUUUGUAGAAAUCAAUAAAGUAUUUAAACAGUCAUUUAACAUUUCAUCAAACAUUUUCCAUAUGUAUGAAAUAAGCCUAAAUAUUU